AUGAUAUUGAUACAGGGGUAUAAUCAUCUCGACUUCUCCCGGCCAUCCUUUUUGCAGGUUAUGAUCCAUCUUCUCGGCCAUGCAGACCCAACUGUCGCCCAGGGUACUCUAUAUAUGCUCCCACCCGGCUCCCAGACGUCGCCCGCUGCCAUUCUCCUGUCGUCUUUGCCUCCGCCUUGUCGUUCCUUGUCAUCCUCGCCGUCCGCUUUUCUUUUUUGUGAAGUAAAAAUAAAGUCGUACCACGUGAUGUAUGACUUACAUGCUGAGUCAGCGGUUGCCGUGGAAACUUCCGGCGAGUCAACAAAUCGCAAAGCCGAAAGCAACGAACGACUUCUUUUAAACCAGAUCAUCGUCCGCAUAUCCAACAUUUUCCCAGACAACAAUCGACAAGACACCGCGGGCACCGCUUCACUCAUCGCUUCGACUGCUUCGCUGCCCUCUCAUCAUGAACAUGCGCCUUGCAUGAUAUGGACUACAGCGACUCGACGUUUUCGCUUAGAAUUAUUUUCCAUUUCUCCUCUGCAUAGCAGUGAAAGCACUGAUCUGGUGCUCGGUGCCAUCUACUCACCAGCCGAGCCGGGCAUGGCCGUGGAUACAAGCUACUUGACCAGCCAGGUCAACUCCAUCGUUGAGCAGCUCCAUGGCCUAUUCGAUGAUAUUGGUGUUCCUCACCAUGAACGGGAGUCACGGGAGUCAGAAGUAAGUGCUCUGAUUUCAUUCUAA